AUGGAAAACAGUUCAUUCGAAGAUGGUAUUGAAUGUCCAAUAUGUCGCCAAACUACACGGAUUCUUGAACAAGGAAAGUCACCAAAAGAAUUGAGUAAAUCGCUGCCACUGAAUUACACAAUCUUGCCAUUACUUGAAACUUUAACUUUAGAUGACAGUACCACUGAUCCAGUGUGUAUGUCUUGUAGAGACAAUUGUACAACUUGUUUUGCUAUUUGUGAGAAUUGUUCAGGAAUUGUCUGUCCUGUUUGUGAUGAAUUGCAUGAAAAACUUUUGAUAUUUAAAAACCAUAAGAUUGUAAGAAUAGGUGGCUCUCACAUGACUAUAUGUGUAAAGCAUCAAAAUAAAGGGCUUGAUUAUUAUUGCCAAGAUCAUGAAGAAAUUCUGUGUAGCACAUGUGCAGUGGUUGAUCAUAGAUCCUGUUCCAAAAUUCAUGAGUUAAAAGACAUUGCUACGUCUGACAGAUUACAAGAUAAGAGCAUGUCUAUCAAAAAGGAUCUUCGAUUGCUCCAGUCAUCUGUUUCAGAAAAGAUUCAUCAGAUCCUGUCCUCUCAUGACACUGUGAAAAUUUCUUGUGCAGAAACUGAUACACAAGACGAAAAAAUAGAGAAAUCAUUUGCAGAGUACAAAAGAAAGAAAGAAUCAUAUCUUGAAAAAUGUGAAGAGAAGGCAAAAGAAUGCUUGUUAGCUUGUCAGAAACUGUCGGGAAAAAGAUAA